AUGGCUGCAGCAGCAUGUUCUUCUUCUUCAUCACUCAUUUCAACAGGUUUCCUUCUCAAUCACAACAAAAGCUGUCCAUUUCCUUUUCAAUCUCCAAAGAAAAAGGCAACAACACUGACUCUAUCCUUCUCCAAAUCCCACAAUAAUAAAAUUUUGUUCCACAAUCAGAAGCAAGAUAAACUAGGUGUUAACAACGGCAGCAGCAAAUUAUUGAGGGAUUCUUUUCUUGCAGUGUGUACGUCAGUGGCCUUAUCAUUCUCUCUGUUGAUUGGGGAUGUAGACUCUUCAGCUUUGGCUUUCGUAGUCACCACCACUACUCCUCGUAAAUUGCAGUCCGAUGAACUGGCUACUGUUCGCCUCUUUCAAGAGAACACUCCUUCCGUUGUUUACAUUACCAAUCUUGCUGCCAGACAAGAUGCUUUUACACUGGACUUGCUGGAGGUGCCGCAAGGGUCAGGGUCCGGGUUCGUGUGGGACAAACAAGGUCACAUUGUCACUAAUUAUCAUGUCAUUCGUGGUGCUUCUGAUCUCAAGGUCACUCUUGCUGAUCAAUCAACUUUGGAUGCAAAAGUUGUUGGGUUUGAUCAAGAUAAGGAUGUUGCUGUAUUGCGAGUUGAUUCACCCAAAGAUAAGCUACGACCCAUUCCUAUUGGUGUCUCUGCUGAUUUGCUUGUUGGUCAAAAAGUGUUUGCUAUUGGCAACCCUUUUGGACUUGACCAUACUCUUACAACCGGCGUCAUCAGUGGUCUUCGUAGAGAAAUCAGUUCAGCUGCUACUGGCCGUCCAAUUCAGGAUGUAAUACAGACAGAUGCUGCUAUUAAUCCUGGUAAUAGUGGAGGGCCACUUCUUGAUAGUUCAGGAAACCUUAUUGGAAUAAAUACAGCCAUAUACUCUCCAUCUGGUGCUUCCUCUGGUGUUGGAUUUUCAAUUCCAGUUGACACUGUAAGUGGCAUUGUUGAUCAGUUGGUAAGGUUUGGAAAAGUAACGAGACCUAUUUUGGGUAUUAAAUUUGCACCUGAUCAAUCUGUGGAGCAGUUGGGUGUAAGUGGAGUGCUUGUUUUAGAUGCUCCUCCAAAUGGUCCAGCUGGGAAAGCAGGUUUGCAAUCAACCAAACGUGAUGCAUAUGGCAGACUUAUUUUGGGUGAUAUCAUAACUUCUGUGAAUGGAAAAAAGGUUGCAAAUGGCAGUGACUUGUACAGAAUUCUUGACCAAUGUAAAGUUGGUGAGCAGGUGACAGUGGAGGUGUUGCGUGGUGAUCACAAGGAGAAGAUUCCUGUAAUGCUGGAACCAAAGCCUGACGAGUCUUAA